ACGCGUUCACAUUACCAAAGAAACAUUGAAAUGCCUCGAUGGUGACUACGAAGUGGAAGUGGGAAAUGGUGCGGAACGUAAUUCAUAUCUGAAGGAUCAUCAAAUUGAAACAUAUCUAAUUGUUCCCGGAGAUAUUUAUAGACCGAAUAAAAAAUCACGAAAUCGUUUGCAAGUGAACGGAAAUAUAUCCAAGGAAUUACGAAUGAUGGGCCAUGGAAGUAUGCAGAAAAAUUGUUCCAAAUUCGGUUUCAGUGACAACACAGAAUCAUCUAAAGAUCCAGAAGAUGAAGUCAACGAAUAUCUUAUGAGGGCAAUAGAUGCUCGUAGUAUAGAUCAUUUAAGAGCUGAACAUUGCAAAUCAAUUUUACUUUCCUUCAAAGAACAAAACCUGGAAAGAAAGUAUGCAACAGAACCAGAUCGAAUGUUAAGCGUAUAUUUUUAUUGCAGUUUCAUUGUCUUAGUCGGAACGACUAUAAUGCGUCUGUGUAUAUUUACAAGUAAUGCAUUUACAAUUGGCAUAUCUUGCCUUAGUGUAACGGUGGUCUUGCUAAUAUCUGGCCUGGUUACAUGCCACAAUUUCAAUAUUAAUAUUCCCAAUGGCAUCAAACAAUUUUCAUUGCAAAUUCACAGCAAUCGCAUUCUGUCGCAAUGUUUUGCAUUUCUAACGGUUGCCCUGAUUGCCCUCACAACGGGACUAUUGAUGUUUCAAGAAGUGAUGAUCAUUGUGCCAUCUUCCGCAAAAAGCAUAGCCAAUAUGGAUAAUAGUAAUAACAGUUUCUAUAACAAGGAAAUAAACGACGCGAUGUUAUUUGACUUGAGCGCUGUACAACAACAACAAAAUCAAACUCAACCCACCGAAGAAGAGAGAUGGACAAAAAUAAAGCCACUUGGCUCUAAAUUUAAUAAAUUUUACUGUGAUUAUUACUUAGCUAUUAAUACUUUUCUGUUGCUGACCCUACUUUCGAUGAUGACUUGUGCCACAUAUCAAGUGUUACGAAUUCUAUUUAAAUUAAUAUUGCUAUUAAUUGCAUCGAUGUUUUAUAUUGGAUUUUCGGUAUAUAUUCUGAUGCAGGAGGAGUUGUAUUACAAACUAGAUAAUGAGGAGGCACUACUGCGUUACAUAAUUGAUUUAAUUUUCCUCCUUGCAUUUAUGCUGGCACUGAUUUUCCAUAGUCACCAGACAGAGGCCACCUAUCGUUUGGAUUUCAUUUGGAAAUUACAGGCAACGGAGGAAAAGGAAGAUAUGGAGCACCUGCAAGCAUACAAUCGAAAGCUUUUGGAAAAUAUUUUGCCCGUACAUGUUGCUGAACAUUUUCUAAGUAGAGAGAAAAAUAUUGACGACUUGUAUCAUGAACAAUGCGAUAGUGUUUGCAUUCUAUUUGCGUCGAUACCAAAUUUUAGCGAAUUUUACGUUGAAUUGGAGGGCAAUAAUGAAGGUGUCGAAUGUCUGCGGCUAUUAAAUGAGAUAAUUGCAGAUUUUGAUGAAUUACUAAGCGAAGAACGUUUUCGAUACAUUGAAAAAAUAAAGAGUACGGGUGCAACGUACAUGGCUGCCUCUGGCUUGACGGCCCAAACAUGUGACCUUGUCAAUUAUAAACAUGUAACAGCAAUGGCAGAAUAUGCUUUACAAUUAUUCGAUAAAAUCGAAGAAGUCAAUAUGCAUUCAUUUAACAAUUUUCGCAUGAGAAUUGGUAUUAACAUUGGACCAGUUGUUGCUGGUGUAAUUGGAGCACGAAAACCACAGUAUGAUAUUUGGGGUAAUGCUGUAAAUGUUGCAUCCCGCAUGGAUUCAACGGGAAUUGUUGAUCAUAUUCAGGUCACCGAAGAAAUGUAUCAAAUUCUUAAACCACGAGGAUUCGAUUUAACUUGUCGUGGCAGUGUUAAUGUCAAAGGUAAAGGUUCAAUGAUCACCUAUUUUCUAAAUGGAAAAUCAACGGAAGAAAAACAAUCGGAGCCGAUUGUUAACGGAACCAUAUCACCGCCAAAGGAUAUACCUUUGGAAUCAACGAAUACAACAGCAGCAGCAACAACAACAAACGAAGGUAAUUCCAUUAUCAACAGUAAUUUCACCGAAUCGGAAGACUUGUCUCCCGAUGUCGAUCUCAAUUCGAACAUGAACAGUUUGACAGCACAGAGACGCAAGUCUCUGUGUCGUCAACACAACAUAUCCUCAUCGUUCGGCACCACAGUCAGUUCCGCCACUUCAGUGACACCCUGCAUUUCAAGCAGUUCCAGUGUGGUGACCAUCGGAGCCUUGCCCGCCUUUAGCAAAAACAAUUCAUCGUCAAUUGACAAUACGUCGGAGGCUUGUAGUGCGAUAAGUAAGACAAAUUUUUUACCGCGUAGCCCAUUGGAAGAACUGAAGGGUGAAACUGAAAGUGACAAGGGUACACACAUAAAUUCCAUAGAAAAUUUAGAAAUGUUACUUAAGAAUAAUAUAAGUCUGUCAGACCUUAAUAAUAAACAACAACUAAAUCUUAGAACAAAUGAUCUAACACGGCCCAAUGCCAAUCACCCGAAAAAGGACAUUGUGCCGCAGUUUCGAACCGAAAUUGUGUCACGACGCAAAUAUCGAUCGACGGCGAGUGUCACUGCCAGCACCAAUGGCAGCUGUAAGGGCCGCCACAGCUCUCGCUUGGAUGCAUCGAGUCAACGGUACUCAGACACCGCAUAUUUGCUAAAAGAUCUGACGACACCGGAGCAGUCACCACUGCAUCAUCAAAAUCUUUCGGAUGAUUGUCAAGAUGACGACGAGAGGCAAGCCCUGUUGGAUAGCGAGUCCAAGAAAAAUGCAUCAAUAUUGUUAAACUUGAAACCGUUGGCAACUCAUGAGGGCCUAAAGACUUCUAUAUCACUUAGCCCUUUGGGUUUGUACAGUGGCCAUGAGAUUAUUGUCAUACCCAAUAGUCGUAGUAUGAUUACAAUGGCUGGCGUAACAACGCCAUCUACUGAACAUGAGGAGAACAAAACAAAUGAAGGAACUGCAGCAGCAGUAACUGCUGAUGUUGU